CAGCAUGGCGGCGGUGCGGACGCUGUGGGUGGCGGUGCGGCGGAAGCCGAGGCUCAGCCCCGCGGGGCUCAGGGCGUUGUGGGGCGGCCGCAGGUACCCACAGGGCACAGGGUGGGGGAAGGAGGACAGAGAAGUGGAAGCAGACCGAGCAGUUCCUGAGAAGGAGGAGAGGAGUGAGCCAAGCCUGAUCUGCCCCCCACCACGCAGCCGGAGUUACCUCCCUCCUGAAGACCUGCAGAGCCGCCUCGAGUCCCACGUCAGGGAGGUCUUUGGGCCCUCUCUUCCUGAGGACUGGCAGCAGGCUCCCCUGCAGGAGAACAGGCUGAAACAUCGCCUGCUGGCCCGGCUGGCAGCAGAGCUGGGACACGCUGUCCCCAACUCCCAGCUGCACCAGAUGCGCUGCGCUGGGGACGUGCUGGGUUUCUAUCGCACCCCCGUGAAGGACCGGACCAAGAUUGAUGAACUCGCAGCUGCAGAGCUGCCCCCAAACCUGAAAAUCAUCUGGCAGCAGUGAGUCCCCCCACGGAGCAUCCCCGUGGUGUCUGGCUUAUGCUGCAGGGCAGCAGCAGAGUCCUCUCGUUGGGUGAAAUCUGUGAAUUUCACUAAUAAAGGUUCACUGAGCUGUGCUGA